AUGGCACUAAAGUACGAAUUAGAACAGUGGGGUGCGGCGGUCGCAUCAUACGAUGAAAACGAUUACGAGGCGGCGCUAGAUUCAUUUGGAGAAAUUAAUAAGGGCGUCUCACAUUUCCUCUUGGAAGAUUUUGGCAAGGCAUUAGCCAACUUCAAUGAUGCACUACUGUACCUCAGGGGAAAUCUGCUUAUCGAUUACGAACAACUUGGUCUUAAAUUCCGUUUAUAUUCAUGCGAGGUUUUGUUUAAUCGUGGGCUCUGUUAUCUAUACCUUGGUCAAACGGAACAAGGGAUGAAUGAUUUUUCAUUAGCAUUAAAGGAAAAACAGACCGAGGAUCAUGAUGUCAUCGAUGAGGCUAUAGCGAUUCAAGGGCAGGGCUUCACCGUUUUUUCCAUACCCGUCGGUAUAAUAUAUAGGCCCCCUGAAGGAAAACUUAAAAAUGUAAAAUCAAAGGACUAUCUGGGCAAAGCAAAAUUGGUGGCAGCAGUGGAUCCAGAUGACGCAUUCACCGGUUUUUCGGCCCAGAUGAACACGACAACCCCGAUCUCAAAAGCCAGGACUGAUGGUACCGUGGAUUCCAUUCCUAGACCUGAUUCUCCUACCGAUAAUAUACCUCGGCCGAGGUCCUUGUCCACAAACCCAAGGUCGGCUCCAUUUCCAUUGCGCACCAUACGAAAUUCUGGAGCUUUGAAAAGCCGUCCCGCCGACUUGGACGAAGAUCGGCCAUCAUUCACAAAGUUGCAAGACGGACCUUUGCGGAAUAGGACUCCCAUUCCUAUUGCCAAUGAGGUCUUUUCUGAGCAAGGUGAUAAUAACACCAAACCGAUUACCCUUUCCAGAAAUGGCUCGGCAAGGCGUCCACCGCCAAACCAAUUACGUUUACAAAAUCUCAGUCGCUCCAACACAAUGGAUAGUGGACGUCCUUCGACAAAAUUAUCUAAUGCUCCAUUGCGCGUGAAUUCUGUGAGGGAUCAAAAUCGUUCCGCGCCUACAAGGUCGGAUUCACUCAGAAGUCGAAGUAAUUCACCUCGAGGCUCUCCUCAAUUGCGUGGUAGGGGUGGAAGGCCUAUGCCUCAGAGGCAAAAUACGUCGGCGCGCGCGCAAUUCCUACAAAAACAGAUGCAAAAUAUGUCACUUUCCGACGAAGAGAGUUACACCGAAUAUUUCCAAAAUUCAGAUCAAAGCAAUCCCAUCAACAAUAAUGGGGAUUAUAAUCAAAUGUAUGAUUUUAAUUCAGGAAAUAACAAAUACUAUAGUGAAGAUAGUGAUUAUUUACGACCUAAUCAAAAUGAUUUAUACGGUAACAAUAAUAACAAUGAUGGUAAUAGUGACUAUAACAACAGUAAUAGAAAUCCAAUUGAUCAGCGCGUGACCUCACCUCCUGCUAUAUCCCCAAGUUCGCGUGGUCGUAGCGCUGAUACGAACUUCAGACCUUUUCCUGCGCAGAGCGUCUCAACUCCGAAUUACGCCAACAUUGUUUUCAGCGAGGAUGGUUAUGGCGAAGAUGAUGAUACACAGUUUGAAAUGCUUCCCCCUCCACAGAAAACCUCUCCGACUUCACCCGAAUCUCUCAAGGAAAUAACGAAGGUGAAAAUUAAGGUUUACGGCAAGAACGAUACUCGUGUAGUUAUGGUGCCGGUCGACAUAGUGUUUUCGGAGCUCAUGAAACGUAUACAGGAAAAAUUCGCCUCAGAUCAACCUUUAAAGCUUAAAUACAAAGAUGAUGACGAUACAUAUAUUAGUAUGACCGAUCAAGAGGAUUGGGAAAUUGCCAUCGCAAUGCUACCGAAAUCAUCUAAUGGCAUAGGCAGAUUUGAG